AAGUAAUAAGUAAUUAGUAGUCGGCAAUAAGUAGUCGGCGAAGAAAGCUGUAACGAUUCGGUUCAUUUGAUAUUUUAAUUAUAAACUGACCUCCAAUUUUUUUUAACAAUCCAUGUCUUCGGUGUUUGUGGGCAAGAGUGUAUAGAUAUAUAUCUAUUUAGUCGACUGUGAUAUUUUGCAUUAUAUAUAGCGCGCUGCGAUGGCUGUACUAACGCCCGGCCACUUGUUGCUGCUAAUUGGCCUCUGCUGCACACUGGUGCAAGCCAGUUAUCCACUCAAAAUACUCGGUUUAUUCCCGCAUCCAGGUGUUAGUCACUUCCACUUCUUCCACCCAAUUAUGCGGGGUUUGGCAGAGAAGGGUCAUGAUGUUACUGUCAUAAGCUAUUUCCCCGACAAAAGUCCACCGGCACAUUACAAAGAUCUGCCGUUAACAGGCGAUAUAAUGACGAAUAGUGUGGACUUGCAGGUAUUGAAAUCGUACUCAUUACACCAUAACUUCUUGGAUUUAUUUUUACUACAUAAUUGGGGGCGGGACGCAUGUAAUCUCACAUUGCGUUCCGACGCCUUGGCACAGGUGUUGCAACAGCGGCAAAAUUUCGACGUAGUCAUUAUGGAGCAAUUCAAUAGCGAUUGCAUGACAGCGGUGGCACAUCAACUCAAAGCCCCGUUCAUAGCGCUGAGCAGCUGCGCUAUGUUGCCUUGGCAUUACUAUCGCAUGGGUAUGCCCAUUGAAACAUCCACGGUACCAGAAUUUGUUAAGGGACAAUCGGUAACGAUGAUGUUCGCCGAUCGACUGAGCAAUUGGUUCAUCUUUCACAGCAUGCGCUUGCUCUACGAUUACUACAACACGCCCAUUAUCGACGCUAUGGUGCGCCAGAAAUUCGGACACGAUCUGCCCUCGGUUAGCGAAUUGUCGAAGGAGACAUCAAUGUACUUCGUCAAUCAGCACUUUUCGUUGAGUGGUGUCAAACCGCUGCCACCAUCCGUUAUCGAGGUCGGCGGCAUACACAUACAGAAGGCCAAACCGCUCGAUACCGAGCUGCAAAAGUUCAUCGAUAAUGCUGAACAUGGUGUGGUCUUCAUAAGUUGGGGUUCCAUGAUAAGCGCCGACACCUUGCCGCCCGCCAAACGUGACGCUAUCGUACGCGCUGUGAAACGGCUCAAGCAACGGGUGAUCUGGAAAUGGGAGAACACCACAUUGGAGCACAAGCCGGAUAAUCUGUAUAUUAGCAAGUGGUUGCCACAACGCGACAUACUCUGUCAUCCGAAUGUGAAGGUAUUCAUGUCGCAUGCGGGUCUAAUGGGUAGUUCGGAAGCGGCCUAUUGUGGUAUACCGGUAGUGGCUACGCCCAUGUAUGGUGAUCAGUUUAUGAAUGCGGCGGCGAUACAUAAUCGUGGGAUGGGUGUGGUGCUGAAGUAUGACGAUAUUACCGAGAAUACAGUGUUGCUUUCUAUUCGAGUGGUUUUGAAGAAACAAUAUAUGGACAACGCCAAAGCGGUUUCCCACUCCUACCGACAUCGUCCGCAGAGCGCACUCGAGACCGCCAUUUAUUGGGUGGAAUAUGUCGCUAAAACCCAAGGCGCACCGCUACUUAAGGGUAACGCCGUUUAUUUAUCGCGCUUCGCCUACUACUCUCUGGACAUUUAUCUCUUCAUCGGCUUCAUUAUUUUUAUAUCGGUUGUGAGUUGGAGUUUCGUUUGUAGUAGACUGUGCUCCCGGCGUCCAAAGACGCUCGCUAAACAAAAGUCGAAUUAAGGAAGUAGUUGGCGUUUGGAGAUAUUGAGUGGGUUAGUUAGGGUAAAAUUUCAAAGUUUAGGCAAGCUAUUGUAUUAGAGAAAAAUUGGUAUAAUCUUUACGAGUAUAAUUCAUCCCAUAAGAGAGAGAGUAGAACAAAUUGUAAAAUUAAUAAACAAAAAAUCAUAUGCCAAAAUUUUUUGUAACAAAAUACAAAACAGUCAUCAUUUUCGUUAAAUAUAGUAAAAUUAAUAAAAUAAAUGGACAAUUGUUCUCUACAAACUA